AUGAGGUCCGGCCUCCUCUCGCUAUGUUUCCACUUAGCCCUAGCCAUUACACUGGCAGCAAAUGUUCCUAGCCUUGCUCAUAGUAGGGUAAUUGACCUAAAGCCGCAACCCAAACCAACGCCACAACCUGAACCAAAGCCCGCACCGCAACCAGACCCAAAGCCAGAACCCAAGCCGACACCGCAGCCUAACCCAAAACCCGCACCACAACCAGACCCAAAGCCAGAACCCAAGCCGUCGCCACAGCCUGAACCAAAACCCACACCACAACCAGAUCCAAAGCCAGAACCUAAACCGGCACCACAGCCGGAACCGAAACCUGCACCACAACCAGACCCAAAGCCGGAACCCAAACCGACACCGCAACCAGAACCAAAACCCACACCACAACCAGACCCAAAACCAGAACCCAAACCUACACCGCAGCCAGAUCCAAAGCCUGAACCAAAACCAACACCACAGCCACCCUCCCCACAACCUGAAGCAAAGCCCGAGCCUGAGCCAAUCCCCAAACCUACACCAGGAACUAAACCUCAGCCAGAUCCUCAACCAAGCCCAAAACCCCAACCUGAACCAUCCAAGCCAGAGCCCCAGCCAAGGCCCAAACCUACACCAGAGCCAAAACCCCAACCUGAACCAUCCAAGCCAGAGCCACCGUCUCUUUCACCACCCAUUGGCACGGCCGUCAUGGAAGGGAACUAA